AUGACAGAAAUGCAACAAUACUUGGGCGUGCUGAAACAAUUAAAGGACUUUGACGAGAACUUGAGUCGAGAAAUUGCCGCCAAAGCCUAUCAAGAGCAAGAGAAGAUAAAACUUGAGGUACUGAUGAUGCAAUUUUAAUCGACUUAUCAAUCAUAUUUCUUUUUAAGGGAAAAAAAUUGCGAAUGAUGAAUAGGGAACAGAGAAUAGGGAAUGAAGAAUGGAGAAAGAGGAAUUUAGAAUAGGGAAGGAGAAUAAGAAAUAGGGAAUGGGAAAUGAAAUGGAAAUUUAUUUCUUGAAGUUCUACUCCAUUCUUCGAGGAACGGAAAGAAUCUAUGGAAUAAUUACAACUUUUUUUCUCAAACUCAAUCAACUUCAUAUUAAGAGAACAAAAGCUGAUUGAAGUUCAUGCUUUCUUUUUCUGUUCUUUGUCAAAAACAUUGCUGGAUUAAUUCAGAUGUAAUGGCGAGGAUAUGAUUCAUUCUUGGUGAGAGGGAAAAUUUUUUUUUACACGCAAUAGAAUUUCGUCAUCUGCUGGACAAAGCUUAAACUGACGUUAAAUUUCGUUCUUUCUUAAGGAGGAACACGAACGUUUGCAACAAGAAAAUCGUCAGCGCCAUAAGGAAGUAAGACAUUUUGAGUCAAUGUCAGUAUCUGAGAAACUGCAUACCUACCCCUCCCCUAACUCAACAACAAUCAAACAAUAACAAGUUAGGGUUAAUGUUGGGUCAGGGGAGGGGUAGGUUUGCAGUUGAUCAGAUUCUGACAUUGAUCCGACAUUUUCAAAAUCACUUAAGAAAUCCCUCUACGCUUCAAAAAUAAUCUACCAUCGUCAAAUCUAUCAUUUGACGAUUUCCAUUUGUCCAGAUCAUAAAAAUAGAAUAAAAGAACAAAGAGGACCAUUGACUGCUUUUUGUGAGUUUUGCCUUCUCAGACGGAAGCGCUAAACAUGCACAUCUUUGAUUCCAGAAAGCGCAGACACACGAAUUUUACGGCGAUUAAACAUAGUGAAAUCCAAUUAAAUACGUAGAAAAAUAAGCAUUUUAAUUAAGCGUGAGCACACUCAUUCCUGGGAACUAGGUUUUUUGAGUAACAUCCGAUUUGGUACCAGGGCAGGUGAAAUAAAAAUAAACAAAAGGCUGACAUCUUGUCUGAACGAGUCCUGGUGCAGGGGCCGCCCUCUCUGCCUGCUCAUUUUCUCUUGGUUCCAUUCCAAUGUAAUUUUGUGAUGAGUCAAAUUAGAUUCAUUAUUCCUUAAUUUCUUUGUUAUAGGAAUAUUGCCUCAUAAUAACAUUCACCUUCAAAUGCCUUAAAAUAUAUCUUUAGUUUAAAUCACGCUAGCAAGAAUAUAUCCCAUUGGGUGUUUUUUGUGAAAGAUUGUACAGUAUUUUUAUCAGAAAUUCAUACUGAGUAACAGAGAAUUUUGAUGAUUUUAGCACAGAGGUGAACAAGAGUAGAUGCCAUAUUAUUUUUCAUCAUGACUCUCCUAUAGCUGUCUGACCUGAACUUUUUCCUGUUUGGUAAUUACAUGAAAAAAGCUGCAGGCAAAACAGGAGGAAGAAAAAAAGAGACUCCAUGAACAGAUGGAAGCUGAAGCAGCGGUCCAACGA